CACCACUACGAAAAGGAAGGGGGCGGGCUUUGCGCGCAGCAUUUUGGGAACGCGUGGUAUUCUGGGAGCGCGGGACCCGCCAUUCCUUGGCUCACACCUUCGCGGUUGCUCGAGUUGCUGCCGCACGGGAAAGGAAGAGUAGGCCGGAGCCGGUGAGAACUCUUUUCCUGCCAAGAUGUCUAUUGGUGUGCCGAUUAAAGUCCUACACGAGGCUGAGGGUCACAUCGUGACAUGUGAGACAAACACCGGCGAGGUGUAUCGUGGGAAGCUCAUUGAGGCGGAGGACAACAUGAACUGCCAGAUGUCCAACAUCACAGUUACAUACAGAGACGGCCGAGUGGCACAGCUGGAGCAGGUGUACAUCCGUGGCAGCAAGAUCCGCUUUCUCAUUUUGCCUGACAUGCUGAAAAAUGCGCCCAUGUUAAAGAGCAUGAAAAAUAAAAACCAAGGCUCAGGGGCUGGCCGGGGAAAAGCUGCUAUUCUGAAGGCCCAAGUGGCUGCAAGAGGAAGAGGACGUGGAAUGGGGCGUGGAAACAUCUUCCAGAAGCGAAGAUAAAUUUAUCUGUUGAACUGAACUUUGUCGUUAUUUUUUCCCUUAGGUUGUCUGGGUUCAGGGGGGUGUAUGCUUAUGUAUAUGUUCUAGGUUUUCUUUUGACAUCUUUCUCUUUAGAGCAGAGGAAAUGUUAAACUAAAUAAAUAUGGUGGUGAUUGUU